CCCAAAUCUCCUGGAUAUAAAUGCUGCCCUCUUGCUCCGAUGACAUCUUUUGGACCCCGAGUCUGUGCAGUAGUGAUCUGGGGAAGGUGCCGCGGCCUCAAGGUCCUGGUCGAUACACCCACUGGAACAAGAAGAGCAUGGCUCUGCAGGCGGUGAAUGGGAGCUGGCUGGAGGAGUCGGCGGGAUGUGCGGAGCAGGGGAACCUCAGCGUUGGACUCAACAUCAGCUGCAGCAACAGCUCCAACCUCCCGAGACCGAUCACCAGAGUCAGAGAGAUGGACUCGCUGCGCAUCCUGCUCUAUGUGCUCAUCUUCCUGCUCAGCGUCUUCGGCAACCUGCUGAUCGUUGUGGUCCUGGUGCUGAACAAGCGCAUGCGGACCGUCACCAACUGCUUCCUGCUGUCGCUGGCGGUCAGUGACUUGAUGAUGGCCAUCUUCUGCAUGCCCUUCACCCUCAUCCCCAACAUCCUAGAGGACUUCAUCUUCGGGGCCUCCAUGUGCAAGACCAUCACCUAUUUUAUGGGGAUAUCUGUCAGCAUCUCCACCUUCAGCCUUGUGGCCAUUGCCAUAGAGAGAUACAGCGCCAUCUGUAACCCGCUGAAGUCCCGCUCGUGGCAGACUCGCUCCCACGCUUACCGUGUCAUCGCCGCCACAUGGGUGGUGUCUCUGCUAGUCAUGGUGCCGUAUCCGGUGUUCAGCAACAUAAGGACUUUCCCCAAGGCCAACGGCACCGUCGGUCACAUGUGUCGCCUGGACUGGCCCAGUCAUCAAGCUGAACAGACCUGGUAUGUGCUGCUGCUGUUCACUCUGUUCUUCGUCCCGGGAGUGGUGAUGAGUAUAGCAUACGGUCUGAUCUCCAGAGAACUCUUCCGAGGCAUGCAGUUUGAGGUGGGCCAGACCACGGAGACCUCCGGCCAAAAAAACGGUGUAGGCAGGGCUGCGGCAGCGGCCAACGAUGAUGACGAUGGCUGCUACAUCCAGGUGGCUAAAAAGCCCUCCUCUGCUGUGGAGCUCCCCACCCUCUCUGCCCCGUCUGCUGCCGCCCAGCCCAAGCCUGAGCGCGCCCGCAGUAAUACCUCGGAGGCCAAACUGCAGGCCAAGAAGCGGGUCAUCCGCAUGCUGAUGGUAAUCGUAGCACUCUUCUUCAUCUGCUGGAUGCCUCUGUACACAGCUAACACCUGGAAAGCCUUUGACCUGAGGUCAGCCGCCAGAGCCCUCUCAGGAGCGCCCAUCUCUUUCAUCCACCUGCUCUCCUACUCCUCUGCCUGCGUCAACCCCAUCAUUUACUGCUUCAUGAACACACGCUUCCGCAAGGCACUGGGAUCCACCUUCGCCUGCUGCUGCAGCAAUCGGCUCUGCCGCAAAUGCUCCUGCUGCAGGAAGAAAGAAGCAGGAGAAGACGGCUUCACCGCCACCUCCAUGGCCACGACGAUGGCCACCUCCAUGUCCAAGAUCAGCUACACCACCGUCAGCACCACCGGGACCUGA